UAGCUGAUGUCCCCCGAAGUAGACAUUAAAAUAUCGAUUAUCGUUUCCAACUGUCAGAUGCCCGCAUCCACCUCCUCUCGACCACACACGUGAAUGUCCCAACUGCGCAAUGACACCUGCCAUGAUGGAGAUGAAAGAGCUUAGUGGGAAAGAAGGCGGGUCUAAAAUGCAUAACCAGCGAUUAUAUUUCAUUAAAUCCCUUUUUUUAAAAGAAGAAAUGCGUGCUCAUUGAACAAAAUUUCAGUGAUUGGCGACUAGAAUCAACAAAAGUGAUCCCAAGUCGACACUGUUCUCUGUCUUCUCUCCCAUAAUCACUUGACGACGAUGGCCGCGAAGCUAAAAUUGUUGAAGAACUGUCUGUUGAGGCUUUCUGCUGCUGUUCUCGCUUUGUUAAUCUUAUGGUCCUUACAACCGAAAGACUUGAACAAGCGCGUGCGGUUCGCUAACGGGCAAUGGAAUGGCACCAGAGUUUGGGGUGACGGUCAGUCGAGGACGGAACAGAUGAACGGAAAGGAGGAAGGAGAAGCACGCACGAGUGGGCUCAAGUCUUGCUUCCAUUUGCAGGAGAUUAAGGCAGAUGGCAAAGAGUUAAACCAUGUCUUCUUUUUGAAAGUGCACAAGGCCGGAAGUACUACUGUGACGAACAUCCUGUACAGAUUCGCACUGACCCACGACUUGAACGUGGCGCUGCCUCGCAACGGGUUUCAGAUCGCUCAGCGAGUCUCGGACUGGGCCAACAGAGUCCAGCCACUGGUCCCCGGCACCGCUGGUCACUACGACAUCCUGGCUACACACGUCGUCUUUAACGACACAGCCGCCAAACAGUGGCUGCCUAGGGACACAAAGUAUGUGGCCAUCGUUAGGCAGCCAUUUGAACAGUUUGUGUCAGCCUUCUACUACUAUCGAGAUUUGUUCCAUAUCAAGCGUCUGCAGAUGGUUCCAGGUGAUGAUCCUAUCCAGACGAUUCUGUUCAAUCUAGAAAAGUGGGAUGCUGAACUGCGGGGUUGCGGGACCAUGAUCAGCAAUCGAAUGUCUUGCGACUUCGGGGUGCCUUUCGACCAACUUCGGAACAGCUCUUUUCUCCAGAGUUACCUCAAUUCUCUCGACAGACUGUUUCAUCUCGUAAUGAUUGCAGAAUUCUUUAACGAGUCCUUGGUUCUUCUGAAACGGACUUUGUCAUGGUCCUUCAAAGACAUUCUUUAUAUUAAUCUUUCCAACAAGCACAAACACCGGAAGUACAACCUUACGCCUGCGCAGAAAGAAAACUUCCGGAAAACGCGUUUAGCAGACUUCAUGUUGUACGAACAUUUUGUUAGAAUCUUCCGACAGAAGGUGGCAGCCGAAGGCGACAAUUUUGCGGACGAAGUGAGAAGUUUCAAUCGCGUGAGAACAGACGUGGAGGAGUUUUGCACCGGAAGAGGCAAUGGAACCAAUGCGACUCGGAUAAUCGCGGCUUCAAGAUAUAGUCCCUGUUUCAUUGUGACAAGUGCCGAUUGUGAGUUUCUUUCCCAGGAUUUCCGUCAGCUGACAUCACAAAACAGACAAAGCAUGCGCAAAAAAGGAAUUUUGUUGUAAGAGUUUUUUUUCGAAACAUGUAAUCGGAUUGCGUCAGUGUGAAAAAUUUUUUCAUCGCGAUUGUAAUGAACUUCGAACUCAGGUCUGAUAGUCCAGCAAGUCCCAGUGCUGGCGCGAGAUCUACCCAGUGUCAACCUAAUACUUGCUGAAAGUUGUUAGAAUGAUUCGUUACUGCUCAUGCAUACCUGAGCACUUCAUCUACUUAGAGAUCGAAGGGGCAUAUCCAUUAGAUUGCGUGAAAUGAAUUUUUUUAAAAGGUGAACAGACUUGGUCUUCAUAGACGUGACCUAGGUCUUUGACAUUGUCAACAGAGAUGGUUCUGGGUUAUGCUAGCAAAAUAUGGCUGUUCACGCAAGUUUGUGAAGAUGAUUUGGCUGCUGCACGAUGACCUAACAGGUCAGGACCUCUGCAGCGAUGACCUCUAGGAAGCAUUCGCCAUAACUAAGUAUGAAACAUGGAUAUGUUC